AUGGGCUUAGAAUGCCAUGGUCCCAUUUGGGUCAUCGAUGAUCUUACUCAUUGCUUUCAACGCAAGUCAUUGGCAAAUAGCAAUGCAAACCCCGAUAGCGCCGACGAAGACUACCAUGAGGAUGUCGACGAUCUCAUUCUACACAAGUCCGCCAGUCGUAUAUCCCAUGGCGACUUUGAGCUCAGCCGCCCUCGAGGACAGCUUCUUCUGGUGGCAUUGGAGCUUGUCGCGUUGUUGGCGGAAAUAGCUGUCUGCAUUACAGUUCUGGUAACGCACUCCUGGGGUCACAAGGGCACAAUUGCCGCCAUCGCUAAACUCGCAUCCUGGUCGUACAUCUUCGUCCUUGCCGCCGUGCGAUUCAUUCUCUCCACGCUGGACAAGCAGAUAAACCCCAGGCUUUGGAAUCACACGGCUUCUCUAUACGGCAUCCAAUGGCUGUUGAUCGUUUUCGUCUUCCGCUCCGAGAUCAUUCAUCCCCAUUCGCGGCGUGCUCUCAUCCUGUCGUCCAUCGAAUUUGCCGUCUGUACGCUCUUAGUAAUCCUUGCGACUACCACGCGAAGAGGAAAUAAAAGCGUUUUGCUUCAGCGGGAAGAUGGUCUGGAGCCUCCUCAUCAACCCUACGCUAGUCUCUUGUCUCUUGUCUCCUUCGCAUGGGUUGAUCCUCUCAUUUGGAAGGGUUACCGCCAAACAUUAGAGCUGGAUGAUGUGUGGAACUUGACUGUAUCGCGACAUGCUGGUACGAUUUUGAAUGAUUUCCGUCAUCAAUAUAGAAGCUACAAGUUGAUCUGGCGGCUGCUACGAUACUUUAAACGGGAUCUUAUUAUUCAGGCCGCCUGGACUGUAUUCUCAAAUCUAUUCACUUUCAUCCCGACUUUGCUACUCAAAGCUAUUCUUGAACAUGUUGAGGAUCCGCGGUCGAGCCCGCCAAACGCCGCGUGGCUCUUUGCCAUCUUACUGUUUGUUUCCGGUGCUAUUCAAGGUUCCGCUGAUGGCCAGGCUCUCUGGAUCGGCCGGAACAAUGUUGGCCUCAAGUUGCGUGCAAUCAUUAUUGGUGAAAUCUAUUCCAAGGCGUUGAGACGUAAAGCCGGUGCUUCUACUGAGACCGAUAAGGAGAAGGAUGAUUCUAAGCACAAGAAGAAAUCCGAUGACAAAAAGGAAGAUGGUUCUGCGCCUAUGACUAGGAUUGGAACUAUUAUCAAUCUGAUGGCUAUCGACUCUUUCAAAGUUAGUGAAGUGUGCGCUUAUCUCCACUUUCUCUGGGCAAGUGUACCUGUACAGGUGAUCAUUGCCGUCGUUCUGCUAUACCGCGUACUUGGUUUCAGCUCCUUCGCUGGCAUUGUCCUUAUGGUUCUCAUCCUGCCUGUCAACGUCUAUAUCGCCCGCAGCUUCCGUCGUAUUCAGAACGAGAUCCUCGCCAAGACAGAUGCUCGCAUCCACACUACCAAUGAAGUGUUGCAGAACAUUCGCAUCAUCAAGUACUUUGCUUGGGAACGUCGAUUCAACGAUAUCGUGAAUGAGAAGAGAAGCGCAGAGCUCCGGUCUUUGCGCUACCGAUAUAUCAUAUGGUCUUGUGCCGCCACCGUCUGGUACGGCACUCCGAUUUUGAUCACCCUCACCUCUUUUCUCUUGUAUACCGUCAUUGAAAAAAAGCAGCUCACACCGUCCAUUGCUUUCCCCGCUUUGUCAAUGUUCUCACUCCUUCGAGUCCCGUUAGAUCAAUUAGCGGAUAUGAUUGCCCAUGUUCAAGAAGCCAAGGUAUCCAUCGACCGUGUGGAGUCGUUUUUGAACGAAGAGGAAACCGACAAAUACAAUCAAGUUCUCAGAGAUACAGACGAAUCUGGAGAAUCGAAGAUUGCGCUCGAAAAAGCCACUUUGACUUGGGGCGGCAAUUCCGGAACGCAAGAUCUCACAGAUGCCUUCCGGUUGAUUGAUGUUGAUGUAUCAUUUAAACUUGGUCGGUUGAAUGUUAUAGCUGGUCCUACCGGUUCAGGAAAAACGUCACUUCUCAUGGCUUUACUGGGUGAAAUGAAAUUGUUGGAGGGCCGAGUAUAUCUUCCUGGAGUAACAGCCAAUCGUGCCGAACUGCCAGUUGACCCGGAAACUCUGCUCACUGACAGUGUCGCAUAUUGUGCUCAAGAAGCUUGGCUGGUAAACGCUACAAUCAAAGAAAACAUCUUAUUUGCGUCGCCUUUUGACAAACAACGCUAUGAUGCUGUUAUCAAAGCUUGCGCUCUUGAGCGUGAUUUGCAGAUUCUAGAGGCAGGUGAUCAGACGUUGGUGGGUGAGAAAGGUAUCAGUCUUUCAGGUGGCCAGAAGCAACGCAUCUCGCUUGCACGUGCGGUUUACAGUCGAGCUCGGCAUCUGUUACUUGAUGACUGCCUUAGUGCAGUUGACUCACAUACCGCAAAACAUAUCUUUCGGGAGGCCUUUACAGGUCUUCUCAUGGCACACCGUACCUGUAUCCUUGUCACACAUAAUGUGGCGCUUGUCGCUCCGGAAGCACACUACAUUGUCGUUAUGGACAAUGGCAAGAUCUCCAGUCAAGGAUCCCCCGAUGAGGUUGCAGCCUCUGGUGCUUUGGGAGAAGAUCUGAUGAAGUCCAGGCCAGCAUCGAGGCCGGGCUCCAAGGGACCAUCUCGUACGGCAUCCGAUUUGGAAGAACAGAUCGAGUUAGCUAACGGGGAAAGUAACGGCAACGCAAAUGGGACAAACGGGGUGUCCAAACCCGUUCCAGAUGGCAAAAUCCCUCAAGGGGAAAGCUCUGCUUCCAAGCUCACUGAGUCAAAAGCUACCGGUAGCGUCAAAUGGUCGACGAUACAAAUGUAUUUGGCUUCGAUGGGUCCGUGGUACUUUUGGAUUGCCGGUGGUGGUGUUUUCGUAGCACAACAAAUCGGCAACGUCGCAACAAACGUAUGGAUCCGACAGUGGGCGAACGCCUAUAAUGCGAAGCAAGUUGGGGCAACGGAUAUGAGUGGUUAUGCGAUGAUGUCGAAUCUCAAACUCCCAUCUUUUGUGACAGGAAGUGUUUCGCAUUCAAAUACCUGGAAUGGGGUCCUGGCGAGUAGUGUACGAGGUGAUACUGCUGACAAUGAAGUCAACGUCGCGUACUACCUGGGUGUAUACUCAUUGCUUGGUCUUGUCUACGUGUUGAUUUCGAUGUUUAGAGAAUUGGUUCUUUUCUGGGGUUCGCUGCAUGCCUCUUGGCAGCUUCACGAGAAACUGUUGAAAGCCGUGCUCCAUGCCAAGUUCAAGUUCUUCGACUCGACACCUCUAGGUCAAUUGAUGAAUCGAUUUUCCAAGGACGUCGAAGCUAUCGACCAAGAUGUGGCUCCUAUUGCCAUUGGCAUGCUUCAUAGUUUAGCAUCAGUGGUCAUGAUUGUGAUCCUCAUUUCGGUCAUUACACCUGGUUUCUUGUUUACCGCCAUCAUUAUCACCAUACUUUUCUCUGCAGUUGGUGCCAUUUACUUGAACGCAUCUCGUGACUUGAAACGUCUGGAGUCGGUGCAACGCAGUCCGCUAUACCAGCAGUUUGGCGAGACUUUGACUGGAAUCGUUAGUAUUCGGGCAUAUGGUGAUGCACAACGUUUCAUGAUUGACAAUCAUCGUCAUAUCGAUUCAUAUAAUCGGCCGCAUAUCUAUUUGUGGGCUACCAACCGAUGGCUGGCUUACCGCGUGGAUAUGAUUGGUGCUCUUGUCUCAUUCCUUUCUGCUGCAUUUGUGUUGAUGAACAUUGGUCGUAUCGACGCCGGAGCUGCCGGUCUAUCCAUGACUUACGCUGUCACUUUUACAGAGAAUGUCCUCUGGUUGGUGCGUCUGUAUGCGGAAUCUCAACAGAGCAUGAACUCUGUCGAACGUAUCCGAGAAUACCUGGAAGUCGAACAAGAGGCAGACCAAAUCAUAGAAGAACGUAGACCACCAUCGGGCUGGCCCACCAAGGGAGCUGUCGACUUCAUUGACUACUCCACUCGAUACCGUCCUGACCUCGACUGUGUGCUCAAGGAGGUGUCUUUCUCUGUUAGUGCAGGUGAGAAGGUUGGUAUUGUGGGACGUACAGGGGCUGGAAAGAGUUCGCUUGCACUUGCACUUUUCCGUGGUCUGGAAGCAGUAAACGGCAAAAUUGUGAUUGACGGAAUCGAUAUUAGUACCAUAGGCCUGCAAGAUUUGCGCGAAAACAUCACAAUCGUGCCUCAAGAUCCUACUCUUUUCACAGGCACGAUACGUACCAAUCUGGACCCAUUCGGCUUGUUCAGUGACGAACAGAUCUUUGUUGCGUUACGCCGUGUCCAUCUCAUUACAGACACAGUUUCAGGGACUGCGACACCAGGCAGUCCAGCCUCUGCCGAUCAAUCAGCGGACGACUCCGCAGCUCCGGAGAACAAGAAUGUCUUCCGUAAUCUCGAAUCACCAGUGGCCGAAUCCGGCUCGAACUUAUCACAAGGUCAGCGCCAGCUCUUGUGUCUUGCGCGUGCACUCCUCAAGAGUCCUCGCGUUCUCAUGAUGGACGAAGCCACAGCAUCAAUCGACUACGCAACAGACGCCAAGAUCCAAGAGACCCUCCGCGAGCUCAAGGAAAGCACAAUCAUUACUAUCGCUCACCGUCUCCAAACAAUCAUCGACUACGAUAAAGUGCUAGUCCUCGACCACGGCCGAGUCGUUGAAUACGACCACCCCUGGACGUUAAUCAAUAAAGAAAAUGGAAGUUUUAGAGGCAUGUGCGAAAAUAGCGGGAAUAUGGAUGUAUUACUGGAAGGAGCAAAAAGUGCUUGGGAGAGUAAAACACUUUGUUGAUACGGAGUGAUGGAUUGAUUGAUUUAGGUUGCUACAUUUUCAAAACUUUUUGCACAUACAUAUCUGAAAACUGAAAGUAUAUAUAAUUUCUACACGGACAAUGCACUUUUCAUGAUCCGCACAUGAGACUGAGUUCUAUACGUCACUCGUUACGGGUCGUCUACUAGGAAGGAUUUACUCGGGUUUACUCUGAGACUAAGCUUUUAUACUUAUGAUUUUGAUGGUGUCGAAAUAGGGAGAUUUCAGUGUUUAAAGUCC